AAAAGACGAAGCAGUCCCUGCUUGACCUUGUCCUAGGCAAAAGCCCUAAAAAUUCUAAAUGAACUUUCUAAAGGGUGAGACAAAGGUUUGCGGAAAUGAGCUGAGGUCACUUUCUCCCUGAAGUUCCCAACCUGUCAGGUGACCAGUACCCUGUGGUGAUGGAAAGGAGGGAGCCUGGAACAUCCCUUGACCGGUGCUCCCCUGGGGGGCGACACGGGGCCGUGUGCGGGGCGCUGGGCUGAGCCCCGUGUGCCACCAGGGCUGCCCACCCACACAGAUGGGGCCCCACAGGCACCUCUCCUCCCCGGGAAAGGUCACACAGCCCUGAGACUGGGCAGAGUGCAAAUCAAAGCCCCUCAGAAUUAAGAAGUUUCCCCCAUUGAGUGGAAUUUCACAGCCCAGUGGCCAAUUUCUAAGUCAUGCACGUUAAUGGACAGCUAAUGAGGGACCCAGGCGGGGCAGGGCUGUGCCCCGGGCGCCCAGAGCCGAGAUUAAGGAGUACAAAGCCAGGCCGCUCUGAGGGCCCUUGAUCUCCUUUCUCACUGCCUGGGGUGGACGUGGGGGGAGAGAGCCAUGUGAAUUCCGGAGGGGUGCGCCCCAGCCCCUCACAUCCUGCCGUCUGCUCACCCAUUCAUUCCCUGCCUUACGUGUCCGCUCCCAUCCGGGCACCAUCAGGGCCCGGGCGGGUGCAGGAACCAGCGUGACACUGCUGGCUUUGAGAUGACACACACUCGGGGCUGAUUUCCGGACCUGGCCCUGGCCAGCGCUCACGUUUUGAGUCUCUUGCCCCACCCGCGGGAGCCCUGCGCUCUGUUGACCGCGGUGACAGCCCUCGGGAUUCAGAGUGAGGACGCGGGGAGCGCUUGCUGCAAGGCCUGGGUCACGGUGAGCACCGCUCACAUGGUUGCAGCAGAACUGCGGCCCGCGACGCCGUCCAGCUCCGGGCUCCCUUUCCCCUGGAGCCCGCGGACAGGCUGGCCACUCAGCAGAUGGAGCAGAGCCCGCAAAGUAUAAACGGAGCCGCUGCAGGGAGGUGGCACCGUCAGGGGCUUGAGACCACACGAGCAAAGCCUUUGGUGCUGAUCUCGACGGAGAAGGACUGAUUGAUUGGGGGAGGCGUUGAACAUGUUUAACUUACAGCAGCAGUUCUCAGGAAGGGGCCCCGGACCCCCUGAGUCAGAAACGCUGGUGAUGGAUCCCACACUCGGUGUUUUAACAUGCUCUCGGGGGGGUUUGAGCUGGGCGCCAGGAAUAAACAGGUUCACCUCUGAAUUCAAGAUCCGACCUUCACGGGGCUGUGUUUUCCGGGUUGGAACUGUUUCCAGUAUUCUGCCGUCCUAGCGGACUGUAUCGGGUCGGAGAGGUAGUCUCUACUCAAAGUGUGGUCCAGGGACCGGCAGCACCCACCUCCGCAGAGCUCGCGAGAAACGUGGAGUCUCGGCUCCACCCCAGGUGGGACGAAUCAGCACCUGCCUGUUAACAAGACCCCAGAUGAUUCCCGUGCUCGUCUGCCCGGGGCGCCUCUCCAGAGCCUUUGCAUGCGUUCGGGGACGUGACCCCAGCACGUGCUCUCUAGGGCUCCCAUAAUUCAUGACGCAUUUGCCCACCCCGGUGGAGCUAGAGCCUUCCUCCCACCCCUCUGGGUCCUCUGAAGUGAGCCCGAGUCCCCGUCCCUGAUGGCCCAGGACUGUCUGUCGCCUUGAAGAUUGGACUUGGUGCCAUGGAGGGACAGACCCCAGGAGACAGAGGCCUUUUGGAAAAGCCGGUCCCCACGGCCGCCCGCCGCAGUCUGUCCUCACUGGGCGCUGUCUUCAUUCUCCUGAAGUCCGCGCUGGGCGCCGGCCUGCUCAGCUUCCCGUGGGCCUUCCACAAGGCGGGUGGGGUGGCCCCCGCUUUCCUAGUGGAGCUGGUCUCCUUGGUCUUCCUGAUCAGUGGGCUGGUCAUCCUGGGCUAUGCCGCCUCCGUCAGUGGCCAGGCCACCUACCAGGGCGUGGUCGGAGGGCUGUGUGGCCCCACCAUCAGGAAGCUGUGUGAGGCCUGCUUCGUCAUCAACCUGCUCAUGAUCUCCGUGGCCUUCCUCAGGGUGAUCGGGGACCAGCUGGAGAAGUUGUGUGACCUGCUGUUGCCCAGCGCCCCGCCAGCCCCGCAGCCCUGGUACACCAACCAGCGCUUCACCCUGACGCUGCUCUCCAUGCUGGCCAUCCUGCCCCUGUCCGCCCCACGUGAGAUCGGCUUCCAGAAAUACACAAGCAUCUUAGGCACCCUGGCCGCCUGCUACCUAGCCCUGGUCAUCGUGGCACAGUACUACCUCGGGCCCCAAGACCUCGCUCGUGAGCCCCGCCUGGCGUCGAGUCCUUUCUCCUGGGCCUCCGUAUUUAGUGUCUUUCCCACCAUCUGCUUCGGAUUUCAGUGUCACGAAGCUGCCGUGUCCAUCUACUGCAGUAUGCGCCACCAGAGCCUCGGGCACUGGGCCCUCGUCUCCGUGCUGUCCUUGCUGGCCUGCUGCCUUGUCUACUCGCUGACAGGCGUGUACGGCUUCCUGAGUUUUGGGACAGACGUUUCUGCUGACAUCCUGAUGUCCUACCCAGGCAACGAUGGGGUCAUUAUCGUUGCCCGGGUCCUCUUCACUGUGUCCAUCGUGACUGCCUACCCCGUCGUGCUCUUCCUGGGGAGGUCAGUGAUGCAGGAUUUCUGGAGGAGGGGCUGCUGCUGGGCGUGUGGGCCCCAGCCCCUGGCCGAGCCCUCGGGGCCAUGGGUCCGGAUGUCGCUGACCGUCCUGUGGGUCACCGUGACGCUCGCCAUGGCCCUGUUCCUGCCCGACCUCAGCGAGAUCAUCGGCAUCAUCGGUGGCGUCAGCUCCUUCUUCAUCUUCAUCUUCCCAGGUCUGUGCCUCAUUUGUGCCAUCAGUGUGGAGCCCGUCAGACCCCGAGUUAAGUGCUUCCUGGAGGCCUGGGGGGUGGUCUCCGUGCUCGUCGGCACCUUCAUCUUCGGGCAGAGCACGGUGGCGGCUGUCAUGGAGCUGCUCUGAGGGGCGGCCCGCGGCCGAGCGGGAUGGGGUCUCCACGGCUGCCCUGGUCCGGCUGCCUGCAUCCAGCCGUGAGACCGAUGUUAUUUCAUCAUAAAGAUGCUGGAGAAACGGAUACGUUCUGCCUUCCCAGGCUGCUCAUUUGGGCUUCUUCUGGUUCCCAGGGUUUCUGGUGCAGUG